GGAGCUGCAGAGGUAGGUGUAGCGGGCGGGAGCUGCAGCCCGAGCGGAUCGGAUCAGGCUGAAUCCCCGCUGCUGGAGGUUCCACAGCUCCGGGUCUCCAUGGCGGUGAAGAGUAAGAAGCAGGCCGGGCGGGAGCAGCUGCAGGCGGACGCGGACCGGGAGCGCAGUCCCGCGGCUCCGGGCAGAGGCAGGCGGGCUCGGGAGAGCAGAGCGCCGCCGCAGGGGAGCCAGACCCCGGGCAGAGCGGGCAGCUUCACCGCGCUCCUGCGGACCAGACUCGGCCUGGGACCCGCCGCCUCCGCCCGGCUUAUCACUGUCCUGAUAAUCGCUGCUUUUGCAGGAGCUUUACACUGGUACCAUCUGUUCCAUCUGUUUGAGAACGACAGACAUUUCUCCCACAUGUCCGGCUUGGAGAAGGAGAUGGCCUUCAGGACUGAAAUGGGUCUUUAUUACUCGUAUUUUAAGACGGUGAUUGAAGCUCCCUCCUUCCUGAACGGUCUUCACUUGAUCAUGAACGACCGUCUGACGGAGUAUCCGCUGAUCAUCAACACCUUAAAGAGGUUCAACCUGUAUCCAGAGGUGGUUCUGGCCAGCUGGUACCGGAUCUACACCACAGUGAUGGGCUACUUCAAGAUCCCCACCAAGAUGUGCUGGUCCAUCAACAGGGGGGAGGGGCUUGAGCCGGUGGACAGCUGUGAAGGAAUGGGGGAUCCCGCCUAUUUCUACGUGACGUUUGUGUUCCUGCUGAACGGAGUCAUGAUGAGCCUCUUCUACAUUUACGGGACGUAUCUCAGUGGAAGUCACGCCGGAGGAGUGAUCACAGUUUCCUCUUUCUUUUUUAAUCAUGGAGAGAGCACGCGGGUGAUGUGGACUCCGCCCCUCAGAGAGAGCUUCUCCUAUCCGUUCCUCGUCCUGCAGAUGCUCCUCCUCACCUACAUCCUCAGGAGCCGUAAGCCGAGCCGGAACGCUGUUCUGGCGUUAUGUGUAUCUAACGUGAUGUUCAUGUUGCCGUGGCAGUUCGCUCAGUUCGUCCUGCUCACACAGGUGGCGUCUCUGUUUGCUACGUAUAUUCUGGGAUACCUGAGUCCUGAUAAGAUGCAGACCGUCCUCAUCACUCACAUGGUGUCUCUGGGGGUGUGUUUUGUGUUGAUGUUUGGGAACUCCAUGCUGCUCACCUCCUUCUACGCCUCCUCACUCAUCUCCAUCUGGGGAGUUAUUUAUCUCAGGGAGAGGUUUAUCGCAAGCUUCGGAUCUGGACUCCUGACUUGGGUGAUGCAGUGCGUUGCCUGGGUGAUCACCACGGUGAUCCUGAAGCUCCUGCUGGCGCUGGUGCUCGGGGCGUCUGAUGACGCUCACAUCAGCAGCCUGAUCAAGUCCAAGUUCACCAGUUACAAGGACUUCGACACCAUGAUGUACACGUGUGCUGCUGAGUUCGACUUCAUGGAGGCGGAGACGGUGUGGAGGUAUAUGAAGACGCUGCUGUUGCCGGUGAACGUGCUGGUGGUUGCCGUGGUAGCUGUGCGGACCGUGAAGGACAUCAUCACCUUCCUCAAAAACCCCAACAAUAAAACACCAGAACCUGAGAACGAGCACAGCUCUGACCAGGCGGAUAAGCUGGUGAAGGGGGUGGUGGUGUAUCACAGUCUGCAGUUGGUGGCGUUUGCGGUUCUGGCUGUUCUCAUCAUGAGACUCAAACUCUUCCUCACUCCUCACAUGUGCCUGAUGGCAGCUCUACUGUCCUCCAGACAGAUGUUCGGUUGGGUCGGGGAGAAGAUGAAGCAAUACAUAAUAGUCUUCGGCAUCCUGUCAAUCAUGACUGUUCAGGGCGUGGCCAACCUGCAGAACCAAUGGGGAAUCAUAGGGGAGUUCAGUAACCUCCCCCAGGAGGACCUGCUGGAGUGGAUCAAAGAGAACACCCCUCAGAGUGCAGUGUUUGCCGGGGCGAUGCCCACCAUGGCCAGCGUGAAGCUGUCCGCCGGCAGAGCCAUUGUUAACCACCCGCACUACGAGGACGCGGGACUGAGAGAGAGGACGAAGCUGGUGUAUGCGAUGUACAGUCGUAAGCCGGUGGAGGAGGUGAAGAGGAACCUGGUGAAGCUGCAGGUGGAUUUCUUCAUCCUGGAGGACUCGUGGUGCACCAGACGCUCCAGGCCGGGCUGCAGUAUGCCUGAGAUCUGGGAUGUGGAGGACCCCGGGAAUGCUGGGAAAAUUCCCCUCUGUACGCUGAUGUCCAGAGAAACCCGGCCGCACUUCACCACCGUCUUUCACAACAGCGUUUACAAAGUGCUGAAGGUGCCUAGAGCCACCGGCCGCACCAGAUAACGCCGCAGUGCCAGGACCAGCCACAUGGGGCGCUCCACCCCAGGCCACAGGGGGCGCUCAUCCUCGGCUCAGUUCAUUAAAAGAGUUCAUAAAAAACACAAGCUGGAAAUGCUAAGCGCUAAACGCUAAACCCAGAGCCAGGACUGUCCAAUAGGAACUUCCCUCAGUGCUUACCCUACUGGACAGUGCUGGUUUUGGGUUUGAGUUUGGUUUUUGGGUUGAGUUUGGGGUUACCUGGCCGAGUGAGACGAGUGGCUCCGCCCCCUCCCCAGGUGUGUGUGUGUGUGUGUGCUUGUGCACGGGUGUGAGUGUGUAUGAAAGUGUGUAUAAACGGUAUAAACGGCGACUGUAAACCUGACCCGUUUGUUGGAAUUGAUGUUAUGUAUGUAUGUAUGUAUGUGUGAGUGUUCGGUACCUGUAGCAGGUGUUUAAUUGGCUGUGAUGCAGUGGGUGGAGUUAGCCGCUAGCAUUUGCGCACCUGUGCAACUGUGAGUAUUUAUUCAGUAACGUUUCGUAGCUGGAAGGCCGAGCUGAAGGCCUUUCCUGUAGGGGUGCACCGAAACCAACGUUUUUGGCCGAAAUCGCAUUUAAAUCCGCUUCUAAAUGCGAAUAUACACUGUUUUUUUACGGUUUAACUUUCUGUACUGUAGAGCUUAAUAAAGGUUUAAAAACAAAAAAUUUUAUUUGCCCAACAACGGAAUAUCAAACAUCUACCAAACAUCUUUUGUUACGUACCCUAAAUUAAUUUUUUUCUUGCUUUUUCCAGUCGUUUAUCACGUUUUGACCCUUAAUAACAUUUUUUUAUUAUUACACAGUAUUUGUGGCUAUUUCAUUUUCAUUUGUUUACUAAAACAUUGAUUUUUAGGCAAAAAUACGUAGUCGGACCAAAAGGGGAAUCAUGCUUUGGCUGAUAAAUCAACAGAAAUCCACAAAAAUCCUCCCAAAACAUAGGCUAAAACAUUUUUUUUUCUCAAGAAAUGAUUAAUAGAAAUAUUUUGCUAUAAAAGGUUAACAUCCCGGAAAUACUGUAUUUUUUGCACUAUGAGGUGCACUUAAAAUCCUUUAAUUUUCCCAAAAAGUAAAAGUUCUUCAGCACCAAGGCUGGAGCAGUAUUAGCAUUAGCUGCUAACCAUGCGAAGCACUAGCUUUUUGACUGUUCGGAGGUAUAUCGUCUUGUAGCCUGCUGUUAGCCGCGAAUAGCACUGCUGAAGCAGCAUUAGCAUUAGCUGCUAACCACACUUAGCGCUAGUUCUUUUGCUGUUCAGAGCUGAGUAUAUAGUCCUGUAGCCUGCUGCUAACCGCAGCCAGCACUACAGGAGCAUCAUAAGCAUUAGCCGCUAACCAUAGUGCUAAGCACUAGCUCUUUUGCUCUUCAGAGGCGAGUAUAUCGAUCUGUAGCCUGCUACUAACCUCGACUAGUACUGCUGGAGCAGCAUUAGCAUUAGACGCUAAUAUAGCUCUUUUGUUGUUCAGACUGUAGUCUGCGUGUUUACUGUGUUAAAACAAGCUACGUGGGACAAACCGCUAGCUAAUAUCACUCUGGCUCAGUAAGCUAUGGUUCCUCAGUGUAGCAGUUAGCUGCUAAUGCUAAUGCUCCAGCUUUAGUGUAAAUCUAAGCUCACUGUAAAUAAUGUUUUUAGGAGAGAAAUCUGUCUAGAUUAACAUCCAGUGCUUGUCUGACUCGUCUAAACUGUUUUUAAGAAUUACAGUUUAGUUUACUUAACUUAGCUAAAUUACAAAGAAAACAUGACACCCCUGUUUCUACUACUAUAAUGUUACUAUUUUUGCAUAAAAUGCGCCUUAUAUAUGAAAAUAAACCAUUUUUGGCUGGUGCGCCUUAUAGUGCGAAAAACACUAAGUCCACGUUAGCUCAGCUACCGUUACUCUUGUAGUCCUGUACAGCUGUAAAACUUUACUAUUACACUUUAUUCUGCUUAAUAUCUUCAGUCCUGGAAAAAAAAUCCUAAAGUAAGAGAAAAAAAACAGCAACAGGAUUUAAAAUAAAUGAGUCAUUAUUUGGUAAAGUGUAGUUUUUGUGGUUUUCGGCUGAAUAUUUUCAGUUGUUCGGUGCAUCCCUACUUUACUGUUGCUGCUCUUCGCCAAGGUCAGUAUGUUGAGUCCUCCCACGCUUUAGCUUUUACACGAGUGGGAACAUUUCAGAUACACAGGAAUUCUUUUUUUUUUUGUUUUUUUGGGGUUUUUUUUCGUGAUCUGUGGUGGGAAGUAUAUUUACACUCGUCAUGAACAGAAACGUCCAGAGUUCUUUGAAAUAUUCUUUUUCUGAGCAACAUCGUACAGAAUAAACCCACCUUAUUCCACUGAGAAAACCUUGUAGCAGCUGUUAAGCAUGGUGGUGGGAGUAUCAUGCUUUUGAGAUGUUUGGUUCGAGUUAAUUAGGUUUGUUUGGCGUUCAGGUGUCGCCCUGAUUUAGGUAUUGGCUCACUGGCUAGUUUACCACAUCUUCUGAAAUUAAGGGUAUUAACUGAUAGAUGAACACAAAGUAGCACAUAAUUGUGAAUUGGAAUAAAAAAAAAAUGGUUUUAAAUAUUUGAACACAGUAAACAUGUGGAAAAAGGGUCUGUUCUCAGAUCAGAACAAAGUUUAAUUUUUUGGCCUAAAUGUAAAAAAGCCCUGUGUGUGGCGCAAAAGUAACACUGCUCCUUACUACGAACACACCCUGAUCCCCACUGUGAAACAUGGUGGCGGCAGCAUCAUGCUGUGGGGAUGAGCUUUUCUUCAGCAGGGACAGAUUUAGGAAGCUGGUCAGAGUUGAAGGAGGGAAGAUGGAUGGAGAUAAAUAAAUACAGAACAAUCCUGGAAGAAGAAAAGCUGUUGGAGGCUGUAAAAGACUUGAGAUCUUCCAGCAAGACGAUGACCCUAAACAUACAGCCAGAGCUACAGUGGAGCUGUAAUGAUUUAGAUCAGAGAAUAUUCAUGUGUUAGAAUGAUCCAGUCUUAAAUCCCACUGAGACAUGAAAACUGCUGUUCACAGACCAACGCUCUCCAUCCAACCUGACUGAUCUUCAGCUGUUUUAUAAAGAAGAAUAGAGUUAAAAGCUUACACUUUUGAUAGAGGGGAGCUGUAUACUUUUGCACAUUUAACUGUUCAGAUUUUGAUUUGAUAAAAAAAUUAAAUUAUUUUUGUUGCACUUCACAAUUAUGAGCCAGUUUGUGUUGGUUUAUCACUUAAAAUCUCAAUAAAAUACAUUAAGAAAAAAAUGUGAAAAAGUUCAAGGGGUAUGAAUACUUUUGCAAGCCACUGUAUCCUCCCUCACUUCUGUAGUGAAACCCGUGUACAGCUCAGAAAAGAGGAACACUGUUACAGUAAAAACUUCUGUUUUUCAGCAGAUGUCCGUUAGUUUAAGUGCACGUGAAGGUCACCACUGUUUCACAAUUACCGAACACAGAAUUUGCACGAGUUCACACAGCAGUGUCCGUGUAAUUUAGUGAACAGGACUGAAAAACAGAACAGCACCAGUACAGUAUUCAGAUUUAAGUGUUAUUAAUUGUUCAUAAUUUCACUAUUUUAUGUUUAAAUAUUAAUUUCUACACUGUAAUAAACUUGGGGGGUGGGUGUUAUAUGUGGAAAUAUAUAUAAUUUUGUUGGAUGUACCUUUUUUACUCUUCGUUUUUGAUGUAUUUUCUGAAUAAAAUUUUCGUAAUUUUGCAAA